AUGGACGAAGAAUGGUCCUCGGAUGCUAUAGAAGCUCUGCAACUUCGCUUGGGUCAGUACCUAGCAAUUAUACAUCUUUUCACGCUGCAGUUCACGACGUUGCGCGAAGGAGACGCGUCGCGACGUGCGCCAGAGCGACACCAUCGCGUCGAACGAACGCGUUCCUUUCGUCUGGAGCGCAACUCCACGCUCCCACGAAAAGAGCUGUCAUGUCAUUUCCGUAACUCCAAUCGAGCCUGUACUGACUCUCGUUCCACUCCCCCACAGUCCGAGCCAAAGCUGACGUCGCCGUGCUCGAACAGGGCGAGACGGACCUGGUCGAUGACUUUCAUCCGACGUUCGUGUACCCCAUCUUUGGGCAGGAGGAGACCAUCUUUGGGUAUAGGAACCUUGAGAUUCAGGUACGUAGGCCUGGGAUGAGAGACUGUGUGUGGGGUUUCCUGGAUGGGCGAGCAAAAUGAAACCCCGGCCUGAUCCUCUCUCCCGUUCAAUCCCCAUCAGCUCCACUUCAGUUCCGGCGCUUUGAAGCAAUACCUGCACGUCGAUUACUCGUCCAAAUUUCCCUCCACGACCACCGUAUCCGCCGACGACCCCGAAAAAACCCUCUACGAAUUCAUACCCCCGACCUACUCCAAAGACGAAGCGACGUUCCAUUCGAUCGUCGAAGCGGAUUCCACAGAGUUCAAACCUUUGGGGAACAAGAUCGGGGCGUUCCGCGAGAAGUCUGAAGAGGAGAUGGAGGAGACGACUGGAUCGGGCAAAGGGAAAGGAAAGGCCAAGAGGAGUGGAAUCGAGGUUCCUCCGAGACCUUGGAAAUUGGUUGAGCCAGGGGAUGAGGAGGAGGAUGAAGAGGUGCUUUACGAGGCGUAUCAGACGAACUGGGAUACCCCUGGUUUCAAAGAGUACCAUAGAAGGAUGCAAAUUUUUGUGUUGCUCUACAUCGAGGGAGCGCAGUACAUUGAUGAGGAAGACCCGAGGUGGCAAUUUGUCACACUGUGCGCUACCUUUUUUCCUCCUCUCCUUCAUCUCGGGGUUAGUACUCAUCAUCCUCUGCCAUGCUUUCAGAUUCGAGAGGAGGAAGCGACGGGACGGAUCAUUUGGAUAUCACUUCGUCGGCUUCGUGUCGUUCUACUCUUUCUUUUGCUGGCCCGAUACCAAACGAUUGCGACUGGCGUGAGUUCCCCUUGCCGGUUUUACCAGGAGACCGUUGACCCUUCUGACCUUGAACAAUGUUCUUCAUGAUUACUCUCAGUCAAUUCGUCAUGCUCCCGCCGUACCAAGGCCAAGGUCAUGGAUGUGAGUCCAGCAUCUCGCCAGCCAGCGCGGAUGGAGUGAGAAUGACUUUGCUGAUCAUUGCUGGGACCCCUCUUCCACAGCGGCCCUCUACACACUCUGCUACAACAACGUCCUCUCCCGACCAGAGAUCAGUGAACUCACGGGCAAGUCCAAACGCGACAAGACUAGAAAGGAUGACGACAUCUUUCUAACAUCAGCCUCCUCCCCUCCAUGACGUUUUCCAGUCGAGGACCCUUCGGAGAUUUUCGAAGACAUGCGCGACAAGUGUGAUUUGCACACCCUCAUCACGUCGCAUGAAUUGGACGAUCUUUCAGCUCCUUUGAACAAGCCUGCUUUGGAGGUGAUUAGGAAGAAGUACAAAAUCGCGGAUGUGAGUCUCCCCUCGACCGAAAAACUGACUCGGCGCGCGUGGGAGCUUCUAAACUGAACCUUGUCUUGUCUCCCCUUCCUCCUCGAUUCGUGUUCCACCCACCGCAGCGUCAAUUCUACCGCCUCAUCGAAAUGCUCCUCCUUUUAAACCUCGACGAAUCCAACGCCGUCCAAGUCAAAGCCUUCCGUCUAACGGUCAAACGUCGUCUAUUCACCUUCAACCGAGAGACAUUGACCCAGUUGGAGGAGCAGGAGAAGAAGGACAAGUUGCAUGAGACCUAUACGGGCGUGAAGGCGGAUUACAGGAGGAUCACGGCCAAAUUCACUAGUGCGGCUUGA